UAAGCAGCCAACAAAUGAUUUCAUAUUGUAAUAGAGAACGUUAGGAAACAUUUAGUGUAUCAUCAUUGAAAUUUAGACCGGCUGACGAUUAUUCCCGACAUGAGGCGACUCAUUCUUUUCGCCUUUAUUUGCGCGUUUAUAACGAGAGUUGCGGUAUCAAAAGUACAUGGGUUUCCCUCGUAUUACGAUUGGUUAUUCAGUUCAAAUAAAUUAAACAAUAAUGAGGAAAGAGAGCGAACCGUAUGCGAAUCCGAAGAAUGCAAGAAAAUGGGUAAACUGAUAUUAGAAAACAUGAAUAGCUCCGUAGAUCCAUGUAACGACUUUUACGAGUACGCGUGCGGAAAGUGGUCGAAACAUAAUCCUAUUCCAGUAGGAUCAUCAAGAUGGAAUAUGCAAUACCAGCUUCAGUAUCUGACCUAUAAACAACUACAAGAGAUUGUGAAGGCUAAACCUGCGGAGGACGAUCUCAAUACGGUGAAGCUUGCGAGAAAGUGGUACGAAGCUUGCACGGAUACUGAUGCUAUGGAAAAGCAAGGACUUGACCCACUGGUUUCUACCCUAACGCGUUUUGGCGGCUGGCCGAUGACAAUGGAGCCGGAUAAAUGGGACGAGCAGGAGCACAGCUGGCAAAAAGUGGAUGAUCAUUACAUGCGCUUGACGGGAAGAAAUGCCUUUCAUGACGUGCGCAUACAGGAAGAUGAUUCGAAAGUUGUAGAGAUUGAUACGCCGCAUUUACCGCCGGGUUCAAAGGCACUGCGCGAUGUGAUUGAAACCGACAGCGAAGAAGAGAGUGAAGAAGAGGACGAAGAAGAAAAGGGAGAUAGCAAAAGCGAUGAAGACCCGUGCGACUGCGACGAGGAGGAGCAAAGCGAAGAGGAACCUGGAAGCGAAGGCGAGGAUAAAUCGAAAGUCGAUGAUGAUGACGAUGACGACGACGAUGAUGAUGGCAGUGGCGAUUGUGAUGACGGUGAUGAUGAAGGUAGUGGCGAUUGUGACGAUGACGACGAUGAUGGCAGUGGCAAUUGUGAUGACGAUGAUGACGACGACGACGACGACGACGACGACGAUGAUAUGGACAUGGUUGAAGAUGUGAAGAAAGUAAUGGGCAAGAAGAAGAUCGGCAAAAUCGGUCGUGGAAGAAGUAAAAAAUUACGGCACAUUGAACAAAGAAAGGGGCGUACUCAGAUUACUAAGAAACAUGAUAGCCACAAGGCGAAGAAACAAAGAAUAAAAAGAAACGCAGUAGCAGAAGUUGACGGUAAACGCGCGCAACGGUUUAAUCAUCGCGAGAAGCUACGCACCCGGAAAGGCACAAGAAGUCACGUAGGAAAAGUGCAUAGCAAAAGAACGAAGAACAUUUUGAGCAUUGGGGAAAUGGUACACACGGCGAGACCGCGAGGUAGUGUGGAAGAAACGACUGGAGAGAAUGGGAAGGACGCAGUUUUGGUACAAAUGUACGCUGAUCACAUAUCGAAAGUGGCUCGUGUCAUAGCUGACGAGACAGGUACUGUAAUUUCACAAGAAAGUCUCGACAAAGAUAUCGAAGAUAUGAUCGUGUUCCAAUUGAGAUUGAUACAGAUUAUCCCAUCGGGCUCGACGAUGUAUCAUAAGCUGUACAAUAAGUUAUUCGAUUUGGAAGAAUUUACACUUGGAGGUUUUCAACACUGGUAUAACAAAAAGAACCCUAAAACAGCUCAAGGCAAGAUUGACUGGGUGAACAAAAUAAAGGCAUUGUUUGACGAGGCGAACGAGCCUGUGGAUAAUGAUUUAAAUGUCGUCAUCACGUCAAGUUACUUUGUAAAUCUUAUCUCUUUGUUAGAUGUGACACCGAAUCGAACGAUCGUGAAUUAUAUACACUGGAAUUUCAUAAGCAAAGUGAUGAAGACUAGCACAAGUACAAUGAGAGAGUUGUCCAAGUUUUGGGAGAUAAUUCGCACGGGCACAAUGUUGAGUCAGCGACCUUUCAUAUGUAUGGAGUCAGCAGAGAUAAAAGAUAUUCUGGCGUACGAAUUUGUAAGGAAAUAUUUCACCGAUGAUAUCGUGAAAACAGGAUCGAAAAUGAUCUGUGAUAUACAAAAGGAAGUCGAGAUCUUGGUUAGAAACUCAGAUUGGUUGGAUAAUAACGCUAGGGACUUUGCUUUAGCCAAAGUGAAGAAUUUGAAAAGAUUUCUUGGGUAUCCCGAUUGGUAUAAAAACACCACGAUCAUUGAAGAGUAUUAUAAAGGGCUCAUUAUCGGCUCGUCGUACUAUGAAAAUGUACUUCGAUACAACAGAUACACCAAAUGGAAGAGCCUACGGAAGUUGGCGAAAGAAGAUACUUUAGACAAAGACCAAAAACAUUUAGAUCCGAUUGCGGUGAAUGCCUUUUACAUGCCCUGGAGGAAUGUUUUAGCUAUCACGGCAGCGGCUUUCCGGAGCCCACGGUUCUAUUACGAUCGGCCACGAGCCGUUAAUUUUGGUAUUAUUGGAUUCGUCAUGGCACACGAGGUUAAUCACGAAUUUGAUGAUUCAGGACGCGUGUACGAUAAGGACGGUGAUUUCUCCUGGAUGAAAUGGUUAUUGAAAAUAGCCGCCAUAUAUGACAUAAAGCAAAAGUGUUUUGUGAACCAGUUUAAUAAUUACCCCAUUGAUACAGAAACAAAUAUGAAGAUAAAGGAUUAUGGCAAGCAGACAAUAAGCAACAAUAUCGCGGACACAAUGGGAUUGCAAGCGAUCUACAAGGCUUAUCAACGCACGGAGAAAGAGAGUAAAACACCGGACGCCACGAUGCCGGGCAUGGAAGAUUUUACAAACGAUCAACUGUUCUUUUUAUCCUUUGCCAACUUAUGGUGCGAAUCGUUCCAACCAGGUUAUCUCAUGACUCUGGCUAGAAAUGAUGAACAUAGCAUCGGGCGACUAAGAAUAAUAGGCUCCGUAUCAAAUUCGGAUGACUUUGCCAGAGCUUACAGUUGCCCGGUUGGCAGUCCGAUGAAUCCCGAAAAGAAGUGCAAUAUCUGGAAGUGAUAUUUGCAGAGUAUUUCGUAGAAUGAUAACUCGCAAAAAUUAUUUUUGUACUGGUGAAUAAAAUAACACGCAUGCCUAUAAA